GCAGUCGCCGAGGACUUGUUGGCGGAGAAGCUCAUAGCGUUGAACAGCAGCAGCAGCCAGCUAGCAACGAGCUGUGGCGGAGCACCGUCGAGAACAACGUUGGGUGAGAAACCAUGCCUCGAGUUUACAUCGGACGAUUGGGCUAUCAUGUCCGUGAAAAAGACAUCCAGCGGUUUUUCAGCGGAUAUGGGAAACUUCUGGAAAUUGAUUUGAAAAAUGGUUAUGGAUUUGUGGAGUUUGAGGACAACCGGGAUGCCGACGACGCCGUGUAUGAGCUGAACGGGAAGGAGCUGUGUGGGGAGCGGGUGAUCGUGGAACAUGCCCGUGGGCCGCGGCGAGACCGAGAUGGCUACGGUGGGGGUUACUGGGGUGGUGGGCGCAGUAGCGGUUACAGCAGCCGGAGCCGUUCUGGCCGGGACAAGUAUGGACCUCCAGUCCGUACAGAGUACCGCCUCAUUGUGGAGAACUUGUCCAGCCGCUGCAGCUGGCAGGACCUCAAGGACUUCAUGCGUCAGGCAGGAGAGGUGACCUACGCAGACGCCCACAAGGAACGCACCAACGAGGGAGUGAUCGAGUUCCGCUCUCACUCCGACAUGAAGAGGGCUUUGGACAAGCUGGACGGGACCGACAUCAACGGACGGAAGAUUCGGCUGGUGGAGGACAGACCUCGUAGACGGAAGUCCUACUCUGGCAGUCGCUCCAGGUCUCGUAGUCGCCGUCGUUCUCGCAGCAGGAGCAGAAGCUCCAGGAGUCACUCCAGAUCCCACUCCAGGUCUCGUUCCCAUAGCAACAAGAGACGUCAUCAUUCCCGCUCCAGGUCUGGAAGGAAGUCUCGCUCGAAGUCAGGAGACAGCAAAUCUCGUUCCCGCAACCGCAGGUCCCGAUCUGGCUCCGGCAAAUCUAAAUCUCGUUCACGCUCUCGUAAGUCCGGCUCCGGUUCAGCCGAGCGGAAGUCCAAGUCCCGCUCCAAGAGCCGUUCCAAGGUGAAGUCGGAGCGGGAUUCCCGCAGUCGGUCGAAGGAGAUGUGUGACGACAAGAAGUCCCGCAGUCGCUCAGCUUCCCCGAUGGAGAACGGAAAGGAGGAGCGAGCGGCCAAGUCGGCCUCCCGCUCCCCGUCUCCUCAGGAGGACGGCCGCCGGUCCAAGUCCAGAGAGAAGCGCUCGGCCUCACGCUCAAAGUCCCGCUCACGAUCCAGAUCGGCUUCUCAGGAUUAGUGGAGGACGGCGGUUUGGUCCUCAUGCUGUACAUAGAGCAGUGUUUAAUAACAGCUUCUGCUUCCUGACUCGUCUACUUUUCUCCUCCAGGUGUCUGAACAUGUUCAUCAGAUGAUGCUCCUCAGUGCCGGGCUGCUCUGUGGAGAUGUUUGACGUUAGCUGCCUCCAAAAACACGCCAGAAUUAUUUUCAUGGUGCUAGUUCUGAAGUAGUUUAAGUUCCAAACUUUCAGCCUGGUGGGUAAUAUUUAGGUUUGUGGCAUGAGCUGAGCAGUGUAGUUUAUGGAAGGAAAGCUUGUCUUUAUUGUACUUUUACUCAGUUUGCAGCAAAUUUUUUUUUCCGUUUUUUGAUUGAUUAAACUUUAUCACCAUUUUUAAGUGUCCUCAAAUCCAUCGUUGUUCAGAAGAAAUGUUUUGAGCUCGAAACUGUGGGAGAAAAGUAGCAGAGAAGCCGUUUUUCCUUUAGAUCUGCAUCUUCAGUGAUUAUUUCCUUCAGGAGUCCGUGUGUCUCUGGGAUCCAACAGCUGCAUAUUUACACGAAAACAAGGGUUUGUAUUUCAUAUUUGAACACCUUGCAUCGUCCGGUGGAUUGUUCUGAUCCUUUUUAACCUCUUGUACAUAGACGAUGUUAUCAGAAAUGACGUGAACCUGCAGCAGGUCGUUUGAUUCUUUAUGGAUUUAGGUUUGAUUCGAGCCUGGAAGCCUCCAUGUCCUGUUUCUGUCACGUUUCCUGCCUCUGGUUAAUUUCUUUUCUGCCAGUUGAAUCCAGGCAUUAAGGGUUAUUUAAAUGGUGCAGGUCAUACUGGAGUUUGUGAACCUGACUGCUUUGUGGAAGGUCGGCUUGUGGGUUUAUUUUUUCUUUUUUAAAGCUUACUGAAUGCAGCCACCAUCUCCAUCUUGUGGAGCGGGUUCAUAGUUUUUGUUUUGUUUUUGGGAUCUAAUGGAAAAUGUUCUGUUUUUUUAUUGUAUGUUCAAUUAAAGAUAUUAAUCAAAAAAUAA